AUGAUGUCUCAAAGUGAGCUCGUUCAAAUGCUCAACAUGGCCAAUCAGAGAAUUGAGUUGUUGGAAAAGGAAAACCGCUUGAAAGAUCGACAUAUUCGGCUGCUGACCAUUCAAUCUGAUGUUGCUGAGUACAAUCCACAGCCAAAAAGCCUUGCCAAUGAGGCUUUGAAGCUGGAGAAUGAGCAACUGAAGGAGAAAAUGGAAAGAGCGGAGAAGAGGGUGGCGGAGAUGACGAGAAAGUUGAAGAAGGAACGACGGAAUUCCAUCAAUAUUGAGAGAGAGAACAGGCACUUGCGCACCAAGAAGAUCAAAAACCCGGACGAAUGGAUCGACGCGUUGCUGAUGGACAUUCGGGAGUACCGCGAGCAAAUGGAUGAGAAGGAGGUGGCCCUCGUGAAGGUCAGAGGCGAGCUCAAAAUGAAAAUGAGUCAAGAGAAGGCAUUGGAUGAAAGCCUAAUCAAGAACGGAGAGCUGACGAGGACACUGAACACGCGACAGACGGACCAGAAAAGCAGAAAAGAGUCGAGGAUGCUCAUAGUGGACGGAUGUCUCAGUGUGGAAAAUGUGCAGAAGAUGAUGGCGGAAAGGGAUGAAGAAGCGCACGAACUGUGGUCGAACUGGAUGAAGGAGUCGGAAGAAAUCUGA